AACUAAAAAUCGUGAUCCCGCAGUUGGUCUUGAAAGAAUGCAAUACACGGACGUAUCGUGACCGUACAUACGAGGUCGAAUUGUUCUGUAGCGAUUCCGCUUGUACCGAUACUUGUAUGCUAACAGUUUCGAAUCUUCAUUUAUAGUAACGGGUACGCGUAUCAUUGAAAAACAACAAAAUCUAUACGGAAAUAUACGUGACAGUAAUGACAGUGCCAAUUACACAGUCGUGGCUUCGCUACGUUUAGAAAAUCGCUAAAGCAUUAAAAUCGACAAGAAAAGUGCGUAUACGUGAGUGAAUAGAGUGUCUCACCCUGAUCUCCGCGCCCUUCUGAAUCGUUGACAGUAGUUACCGUGAUUUUCUUUGAACGAUAUUAUCGAUGACGUGCUGUGGAUCGAUUUACGAGGAUAAAAAGGUGUUGCAUGCUGCGUGCUAGGGCAAAAAACAAGAGUUUUUAUUGUCACAUUUUAACCAUCGAGGUGGGCUGCACCGACAAGACUGUGGACGUUCCUAGAUUGGCGAUGAAAAUAGAAACAUCACAGGACAUGACAUAAAUAUUAAUAUAAAAACAUACGGGAACAAACGGCAUCAUGAAGAAUCUCGCGCCGUAGUCGCCACUUGCAAUGUUAGUCACACAGACACCCUCCUCGACGGACAAUCUGCCGAAUAUGCUGCCGGUACUCGAGGAGGAGGCGGAUGUCGAUGUUGACGAUGCUUUCCCGCCACACGUUGACGCGACGAACAUCAUCAUACAACCGGAGUCGCCCACCAGCAAGAAGCAGGCACUGAAAACCUUCAACGAGGUCAACGCGCUCCUCCAGGCCGGCAGGAAAAGGGAGGCUAAGUUGAUCAUAAGGGAAAAUGCAUGGCCAUUGAACAACGGGAUCAGGACGCAGUUGUGGCCAGCCCUUUGCCAGCAACACGCACAUGGGAAGAAUAUGCUUGAUGGAUUCUAUUGGGACAUGGUCAAUCAAGUGUUUGGAACUACAGAACUGCCGGAAAAAUCAAUCAUGUUACCACCAUUCGUGGACAGUACUCAUUGCCUGUCGUACCACCUGACGAGAAAAGGCAGGUGCGUUGCGGACAGGGUUGUAUCUGUGCUGGGAUACGCUUGUCCCGAUAUUACCUACAGUCCUUCUCUUUAUCCCAUCACAGCUCUUCUUCUUCACUUUAUGCCAGAGGAGGAGUGUUAUCAUUGCAUGGCCAGUUUGGUUGCCGCUAAGGAUAAGAUGUUCAUCACACAAACGAAGCUCCUUUACGAAGUUACCUGGAAAACUGUGGAACAAAUUACGAAAAAGCACGUGAAAUCGGCAGCGGUACAUUUAGCGAGGCAUUGUUCUGGAUCAAGAGCAGAAAGAAUUUAUAUGGAUUGGAUGUGGUGGAUUCUUCAACUUCUUCCUUUCCAACAUCUAGUCAGAGUUAUGGAUUGUUUUCUUCAUGAAGGCAUUAAGGUAUUCUAUCGAGUAGCAAUGGCAAUAGUUUUAUUAUUCUAUAAACAUUCAUCGUUGCAAAAUUCUGAAUGGAUGAACGAAAUUUCGAAGAAUGGAAUUGAUGCUGCACUUUCAAAAUUUUGCAGGCAAAUACCGGUAACGUCAGCUAAAUUUUUACGUACCGCAUUUGGAAUACGUGGACUUAGUUCAGCAUACAUAUCAAGAGUAUUUUUGCGCACAGAAAUGGCUCUAAAAAGUAAAAGUGUUUUAACGGGAUCCAGAUCAUUGGCAAGAUCACGAUCCACAGACAAUCUGCCGACGAGCCAAUCUCAAGUCAACAUUCAGAUGAUGUCACACACGCUCACGAUACGAGAAGGUGCACACAGUCCUGGACCGCGUGCUCUGUCAAUGGGCGUUUAUCCCAUACAAAGCAUAUGCUCCCAGAUUCUAGACAUGCCUGAUUUAUUUACGUUAUGGUCUUGGUUGCCUAUGCGGAUCACUAUGUAUCAACCAAUUCUAUUGUAUACAACAGAAGAGCACGGUUGUUCUUUAACAACAUUUUACGUAAGAGUAGAGCAACAUGAACCAACCUUAUUGAUGAUAAAAACAUGUAAUAAUGAAGUAUUUGGUGCGUAUUGCUCCACGAGAUGGUGUGAACGUAAUAUGAAAAAUGAUAAAGGACAAAGGCAAGCUUAUUUUGGAACAGGUGAAACGUUCUUAUUUAGUUUAUAUCCUGAACGAGCAAAAUAUCCUUGGGUGGGUAUGGAUUCUUCGCACAAUGAUCCUAAAGUUCAUCAUUCAGCUGAAUUAUUUAUGGCGGCAGAUUCCAAAAUGAUAACAAUUGGCGGAGGAGAUGGUCAAGCAAUCUGGAUGGAUGAAAAUAUAAGAUUCGGAAAAACAGAUCGGUGCUCUACAUUCAAUAAUCCACCUCUCUGUGCCAGCGGCGAUUUUGAGAUUAGGGUACUAGAAGUAUACGGAUUUGCCGGUGCUUGAACAGAAGACAGAACUUGGCACUACAACGUAUCAGCAUACUUGAUUUCCUACUGCCAUUUAACGACUCUCUUCUAUAUAUAUAUAUAGAAUUGAAGAAUAUUAUGUACAAGUUUCAUAUAUGCGCAAAAUUACCGUGUUUUUCCAGUCGCGGUAUUUAUGAUGCAUCUUCAGUCGUUUGCGGAGUACUAGUAUUAUUAUAUAUGCAUGUUUCGUUGUUGAGGCGCUAUAAGAGGUUCUGUACCGAUUGAGAUUAUAUAGAUUUAUCUCCUUCGUUUUAUUACGCUUGUUCGAUUAUUUGUCUCGACAUUUGCAGACAAUUCCUACGUUCAUUGCGAGUUUAUUCUCAGAUAGAGAAUAAUAUGACACAAAAUGGUUGCUAACGCAUAGAUUAUAGCCUGCGACGUAAUGAACAUCGACAAUAAUCAACGUUGAGUCAUCUUUUGUUAUGUUAGAAAUUUAAUAUCUAAUAUGUACAUAUGUAAGAAAUGAUUGGUUAUUUACAUGAAUACUUAAUAUUCAUUGGACCAGAUGCUAUCAUUAUAUAUAUUUAUAUAUUUGUGUAUAUACGUACAUAUACCUAUAUAUACAUAUACUGCAAAUUAAUUUCAUCGAAUCUAUUGUUAAUCUUCUAAUUUGACAGUAAUGCUCGUACACGUAUGUGUUAUGCCUUGCAAUGUUUAUUUACUUUAGUAUUGUUAUGGCUUGCUUAAUCAGUUGUUGAAUGUAUGUAAGUGCAAACAAACGGAAGGAAAGAGUAUUGUUUAUACGUUAUAUAUUGUGUCUGUCAUGCGUUACCGUAUACGUGUAUAUACACUGUAUACAUAUGUAUAUGUUAGUCUCUUAAUUUUUGUAAAUAUUAUAAAUAGUGCCCCUUGCGCAAAUACAUGGAACAAAAUUCAUAUACACAUAUACGUAAAUUUAGUCGAUUCAUUCUACAUUAAUAUAAACACGUAUAUAUAAUGAGAAUUUUGCGUGAAAUUACGCAUUUAUAUUAAUGUGGAAUAAAUUAACUAAUUUGUAUGUACAUUGACAUAUUGAAAAUAUGAUUAAGCAUAGAAAGAAAAGAAACGAAGAAAUAUUGAUGGCAGGGGGCGAAUGGUACUUUGAACAACGAUAAUUUUUAAUUUCUAGAAAUGAUUACAUUAAAAAAAAAAGAAAAAGAAAACAAAUUGUUGUUUAUGUCAUACGUUGAUUGACUUGUUUUCUAAAUUGAUAUACGAAAAGCCAUAGUUUUCACGUAGUAUAUUAAGGAUUAGUAUAUUUUAUAUAGAUUACGUAAAUUUAUGUCGAUAAUAGGAUAACAACUAGUACCAGUUAUAAAAAUCCAUAUAUAUAUAUAUAUAUAUAUAUAUAUAUAUAUAUAUAUAUAUAGAGAAACAAUAUGAUAUUUUUUUUUCAAUAUACUUCGGGCAUUCUGAUGACGCGUACUAGCGUUACUAUCGUUAUCCUUUGUCUCACUUUGUGAUCAAAUCUGUAUCGGUAUCGUACGAUACAUGAUUAACUCUUAGAGUACCUGCUUCUGUGUUUAAUUUCUUGUUACUUUUUUUUCUUUUUUUCUUUUUUUUUUUUUUCUUUUCUUUUCUCUCGUUUUUUUUUUUUUUUUUUUUUUUGAAUGAAAGGAAAAGUCGAAGAAUGAAAUUGAAUGCAUGGGAAAACUAAAGGUGUCGAUUUUAGAUUCCUUGGUUGUGAUGUAGAAGUGGCUGGCACCACUUUUGUCCAAGUGACAAUAUUUACUAAUUAUAUAACGUUUGCAUAGGAGGAUCAUGUAUCUUUCACCCCCCGUCAUGUCAUCGACUGUAAAAUAACAUAACAUGGAAAAUGUUGUGCUAUUAUGGCUAUGCGUUAUUAAAGUCAUUGAAUUAUUAGAAGAAGCGCUCUAAAGAGAAGAGCUUAAAUUGAAAUGCUCUGUACAUCGGCUGAGUCACCUCCUUUGAUUUUUAUAACAUAGUCAAUCAUGUUAGUUAGUUUUUUUCAUAUCGACUUUUAUAAAAUCAAAGCGUAAAUAAAAAAUGAGAAAGCAACAUAACAAAGAACGAUCAACAAACGUUAUAUACCAAGAUAUUGAACUUAAUUUCAAAUAUAACCAGUGUUAUAAUAUCGAAUUUAGCUAUUCAAUUGUUUUCUGAGAUUUAUAUAAUAUCAACGACAUAGCUCAUAACAAAAAAAAAAAAAAAAAAAAAAAAAAUAGCGAAUUAUGUUCACUUUUUAAACAUUUUAUAAAUCUACGAUAGUAUUCUCGUAUGUCAUGUGAAGUAAAAAAAAAAAAAAAAAAUAUAUAUUGCUGAUCUCAAUAAAAAAGCUGUACUACGAUAAGAUAGCGCAAAAAUAUGUGAAAUACACAUUAAGACAGAAAUCAGGUCAUUGAAACAAUUGAGUAACUCGACUUAAAUAUAAAAAAUAUCAUUUUGAAAGAUAUAUUUAGGACAAUUGAUUGUGUGUAAUUUUAAAGACAUAUAAGUAAUUACAUUUCAGAUAUGUGAAAUGUGAAAGGCGUCACAACUGGAAAAAAAGAAUUAAGCAAUCGACAGAAUUUAAUCUUAUAAAACACGAUACGAGUAAAUGUGCAUUUUGUACAUGAGAAUAGUUAAAGAAAAGGAAAUCUGCAUGUAUAGAUAUGUUUCAUAUAAUUAAAUUAUUGCAUUAUUAAUUUAUAUUUAUAUAAAUCAUAUACAAUCCAUAUAUUAAUUGUUCAAAUCAAAGUUUGUGUUUCUACAUUAAUCCUUUUCUUAACUGUUCCAAGAUUCUUACCAGAAUUAAUGGUUGCAAUUGUUGCUAGUAUAAUUAUUUUUUGUGAAAUUAUAGUUGCGUGAUUGAAUGAAUGAAUAUUUAUUUAUUGUGUACUCGUGAUCGAGAGAAAGAUGAUAAUGUGCUGACAAUGAAAAGUAUUAUUAUUCAAAGUUUCUAACGUAGCACAGCAUAACAUAAAUUUACGUUAGAAAGUAAUAUAUAUAUACAUGUAUAUAUAUAUAUAUGUAUAUAUAUAUAUAUGUAUAUGUAUAUGUAUAUAUAUAUAUACACAUAUUUUACGUAUAUACGUACAUACAUACAUAUAUAUAUAAAUAUAAAUAUGCCUAUAAAAUGAUGAGAAAAGGAAAAUAAAUGUAACUGAAUGGAGUGUUUUCAAGCUUUCCGCAGUGUUGUUAUACUAUACAUAUAUAUAUAUAUAUAUAAUGUAAGUUGUACUAUUUCCGAAGAAAAUUGUUGCCUCUCGAUGCUACUUUAUCAUAUCACCGUUGUGAAUAGAAUAUUGUUAUACGAAUUUAUCAUCCCACUUAUUGUUCCUUCUAUUUUAAGAAGGAUAUUUCAUGUGACAUUCUUUAUUAUACAAAUAUACUGCAUGUGAUCCCAAUAUGUAAAACUAAA